AUGACUGCAGGAUUAACAGAAGAAAAGAAUGAAGUACCGAACAUUCAGAUUGGGGAGGUGAUAGCGCACGGUGCCACUUCAACUGUAAGAAAGGGGAAGAGUCAAAGUGGUGCUGAAUAUGCAAUUAAAAUAAUAUUUACAGAGACACAGAAUAGAAAGCAGGAGGCAAAGAAAGAGGCUUCUAUACACAAGGCACUAGCUCACAAGCACAUAGUAAAGAUACAGAACUUCCAUCAGUCUAAGACGCAUGCGUAUAUAAUAAUGGAUUAUGCUGCAAAGAAUGAAUUAUUUAUGUAUAUAGACCCGGGGACAGGGUUAUCUGAAGACAUUUGUCAUUUAUAUCUUAAACAGUUAUUUUCUGUUAUAAAGUACAUACACAGCAGAGGAAUUUGUCACAGAGAUAUAAAGCCAGAGAAUAUUCUACUGGACAGUAACUAUAAUUUAUUGCUGACGGAUUUUGGGUGUUCAACUAUUUAUAGGGAUGCAAAUGGGCGAAGGCCAUUAACUAAGCACUGUGGCAGUUCAAAUUACAUGGCACCAGAUAUACAUUAUGGAGAGUAUGAUGGAGAGUUAGUUGAUGUAUGGUCAUUCGGGAUUGUUGCAUUAGUCCUCCUUACUGGUGUAGUUCCAUGGGAAAAGCCCGUGGUAGAAGAUAAAAAUUUUGAAAGGUUUAGAAUUAGCACGUUCCGUGACUAUUCACCAUUUAAUCUUCUUGGUAAGAACAAGCUUGAAAUGAUUGAAAAGUGUAUUUCUGUCAGCCAAGACAAAAGGAUUAGACUCAGUAGAUUAGGAGAAAAUCCAUGGCUAUCUGCACCAAAUCUUUAUAUGGAUCCAGAUGGAAUGAUUAGAUCCCCAGAAAUUGUAGCUGCCAAAUUAGUUCCUGCUGAUAUAGCUGCAUUUACACAGCCAGAUGUAUGCAUAUCUCCUAUGGGGAAAGAGUGCUCAUCCCAGCCAGUUUUUUUAAGUUAUGAUACAUUUCCUAUCGCCACCAGAAUUUAUAGUUGUGCACUGGUCAGUGUGAGUCUGAGGAUUCUCUGCAAGGCAUUUGAAGAUGUUCUUAUCCCAUACAAAUCGAUUGGAACCGUUAUUUCAUUUUCCACAGUCGACAGUUUUAAGAAUCUCAUUAGUGGAGAGGUUUUCUUGAAAAAGAAUGGGGCAGAAACCCUGAUCAUAUUCCAGAGAACACGAGGAGACUGCAUUGAAUACAAAAAAAUGUUCAAUGCCAUAAAAGAUAGAUUUAUGUGUAACUUUGAUAAAUACACAAAUAAAUAAUGUAAUUUGCC